AUGAAAUUUCCGUGCAUUGCGAUUUUGCUCUGGAUGAUGAUGUUUAUGUUCUCUAUUGGGCUGAUUGUGACAUUUAUUCUUCUGGUCCACUUUGACGUAUUCUUCGAACCCUUCGAAUUCGAAGACUUGAUCGUUCACGACUCUUUGACAAAUAAUGCGACCUUUUACGAGCUACCAUUCCAUUACUACAACCGAUAUGCAUCAGAAGCUCUUGAAUUCUUCAUUCAAUACAAGAUUUACUUGUAUUUCAUCCCUUUCUUCUUUUUCGUCGUCGUUUAUUACGUUUACAUGUGCCGAGUUCGCGCAGUUUAUGAAAUCACCGAUGCAGUUCCCAAGCACUCGUACUGCCAAAUUUGUUUUUUCACGACUUGCAUGCCGAAUAUGUCCAUCGCGGAAAUGGGAACUUACCACGAGAAUCGAGAAAAGUCUAUCAAAGAUCGAGGGCACUACGAAAUGCUCGUCGCCUAA